ACUCCUAGGGCAGAAACUAGACUUUUUUGUAAUGCCACAUUUCGUGUGCGUUAUGACAAGACAGCUAGGAAAUAUGUUGUGACCCACUUUGUAGGGGAACACAACCAUCCGUUGGCAGCACCACACUGCGUCCCUUUUCUUUGGUCGCAUAGGUUUGUAACAAGUGCAGACCAAGCUCAAGCAAAGGCCAUGCGCAAUGUGGGUAUGAAAACGAGUCAGAUCAUGGAUUUUAUGGUCCAUCAGUCAGGGGGUUAUGAGAAGGUGGGCUUCAUUCAUAGAGAUUUGCACAAUCAAUUCCAAGCUGAGCGCAAAGUACAACUCGCAGAAGGGGAUGCAGAGGGUGCGUUAGGAUACUUGUCAGCUAAAUUAGAUGCAGAUCCAUUAUUUUUUUUCAAAUACAACGUCGAUAAGGACAACCGGUUGGACAAGAUUUUCUGGGCAGAUUGUAGGUCUCGAAUGGAUUAUGCUGCAUUUGGUGAUGUAUUGGUAUUUGAUACAACUUAUCGUACAAAUGCAUAUAAGAAGCCAUUUGUAAUUCUAGCUGGCGUGAGUAACCAUUUCAUGACAACUAUAUUCGGAUGUGCUUUGUUGCCUGAUGAGACAAUGGAGACAUACACGUGGGUGCUGGAAAUGUUAAUGGAGGCCAUGGAUGGUAAAAGACCCAUCUCCGUUGUAACAGAUGGUGAUAGGGCAAUGCGUCAGGCAAUCAAAAGAGUUAUUCCAAACUGCAGACAUCGUUUAUGUUCUUGGCAUCUGGAGAAAAAUGCCUCAACAAAUGUCCACAUACCAGAAUUUACAACUGAUUUUGCACAGUUGAUGUUGAAGAAAUGUAAAAUUGAUGAGUUUGACAAUGCCUGGGCUGCUAUGGUGAAACAGUACAAGUUGGAGAACAAUAACUGGGUGUCGGAUAUUCAUCUGAAGCGUGAUAAUUGGGCUGAGGCAUAUCUCCGUGGUCACAUGUUUGCUGGAAUGAGGAGCACUCAACGUGUCGAGGGUAUAAAUGCAUAUUUCAAUAUAUUCCUAAACCAAAAGGUUAGGCUGUAUGAAUUUGUAGCGCAGUAUGAUAGGGCUCUUGCUAGAAUGCGUGUUAAUGAGGCAGAAACAGAAUCUAAAACAGAGAAUAGUUUCCCGGUUUUGACUACGCCAUUGAGGAGUUUAGAGAAACAUGCAGCUGAACUCUUUACUCGGAAGAUUUUCUCAUUGUUUCAACAUGAAAUCAGGAAAGAGGGUAAAUUGUUUGUGAUGGAAAGAGUUCAGCUGGAGGAUCAUCGCACCUACCGUUUUGGUGAGUACAAGGCACCAACAUGCACGUGGACGGUUGAGUAUUUUCCAGCUAAUAUCACAAUGAAAUGUUGUUGCUUGAAGUUUGAGUCGUUUGGCAUCCCUUGCUGCCACAUGAUUGCUGUUAUGAAAUCUGAACAAUUAAUGUGUAUUCCACCGAGUUGUGUCUUGCAGAGAUGGACAAGACGUGGUAGGUCAAAGUGUCAACAACCAAGUCUUACCCAAAUUUGUAGCACCCUAACACAGACAGCUCGGUUUGGUAUACUCAGCUCCUGUUUUAGUGAAAUGUCAUAUUAUGCCUCACACGCGGACAAAGAUUUUGAAGAGGCAAGGGAAAUAGCUUUCCAGCUGACAUCGCAGAUGAAAAAACGUUGGGCAAUGAGAAAAGAAGGUAACGCCGAGGCUGGGGACAAAAAUAUUGCACCCAAACUAUAUGGCGUUGGUGAUCCGAAUGUAGUGAAGACCAAAGGGAACCCCAGAGGGACAUCUUGUAUGGGUAAACCUCCAAAACCAAGGCGGUGUGGGUAUUGUAGGAGCAUCGGACACACGAAGCGGACGUGUAAAAAAUUGGCUUCAAGUAGCCACAGAGAGGGUAGCAACUCAGACAGUGAACCAUUCAUGAACACAGAGUUCGAUCCCCACACGGAUGAUAUCGAUGAAUUGCCAAUUUAUCCAAAUGAUCCAGUGUAGUUGACUUUCAUGAUGAGGCUUACAGUGAUCGAAACAUUGUUUUUACAAGGAGACAUUAGUGGCUAGUAGUUAUGUUUUGUUAAUGUCUUAGUUGUUUUAAUCUUAGGCAUUCUUAAUAAAUUUCGUAGUUUGGAGAAUAAUUUUGAAAAUAAAGGUGAAAACAUUCAAAAUUUGUUUGAUUGCUGAUAAAAUAGGGACUUGCUCAUGCCAUUACUUUACAAACAAUCACUGUUAAUAAUACCGAACUGUCUCUAUUUCUCUUUUGUAGAUUUUUUUAAUUGUCUGUUUGCUUGGUAAGAAAUGGUGGACAUUGCUGUUAGGUGACACAUAACUAUGCUUAUAGUGGAAUGGUAUGGUAUCGAUGUAUAGGUAUAAUAAGAGAUGAUGGAGAUGUGCAUUGUCAAAAUAUAAACAACUUCAUCACCCAACAAAAAAUUUAGUAACAUGAACCCAACUUGUCAUUCAAACAAUAGCGUACCAUUAAACCAACUUUGCAAAUGUACUUCCUUAAAACUAAAAGCAUCUAAGAAAAUUUUGGACUUGAGGCUGUUGAUGCAGUCAAAUUAGGACUUGAGCUUAUUUGGCUAUUUGCUCACACAAGAGAU